UAAGUAGAGCAAAUGUCUGCAGCAUGUCCUGUAAUCUAGAGAUAAGACUGUAGCACCGCAGAGUUAUGCAGUGCUUUACACAAAAAGUUGUUAAAGCUGUUUUAAAAUGUUUUUCAGGUUCUAAAUGGCUUCUAAGAAAUUGGGAUCCGACUCUCAUGGGCCUUUCAGUUAUCUUGAUGAUGUUCCAUUUAAGAUAGGAGAUAAAUUCAAAACACCAGCUAAGGUUGGAUUACCCAUUGGUUUCUGUCUGCCUGAUUCUGCUCAGCUUGUCAGAGAAGCCCAGUAUGACUUCUCACUGGAAAAGAAAACAAUUGAGUGGGCUGAAGAUAUCAAAAAAAUUCAAGCUGCUCAGAGAGAAGCUGAACGAAAGGCAAAAGAAGUGAUAGCAAACUUGAAGGUGGCUUCAGAGGACAGCAAUAAAAUGGGGUUCUCAGAGGGACCUUGUCCUGAGGCCAUGCCUCCUCCUAUUAACCCUAUCCUCGCUAGUCUGCAGCACAAUAAUAUUCUUACUCCCACGCCAGCCGAUAGCAGUGCUGUGAAGCAGAAGGUUAUUAGUCCACCUCGUCCAAAAGCAGAUUUCAACCCAGCGGAUUUUGAAUGUGAAGAAGACCCGUUUGACAAACUGGAAUUAAAAACUAUCGAUGAUAAGGAGGAAUUAAAAAACAUUCUUGAAAUUCAUGUUGGUACUACUGGGCCAAUUGUUGCCCAAUUGUUAGACAGUAGUUUGCCCAAAGGAGGGCCUGAGUCUGUGUUACAAGAUCAAGAAGUUCUGGCAUCCAUAGAAAGGGCCACGUUGGACUUCAAGCCCCUUCACAAACCCAAUGGCUUUAUCACUUUACCACAGUUGGGAAACUGUGAAAAGAUGUCCUUGUCUUCCAAAGUGUCCCUGUCCCCUAUCACUUCAGUGAGCAAUAUCAAAUCCCUGUCCUUUCCUAAACUUGACUCCGAUGAGAGUGAUCAAAAAUCGUCUAAGCUCACGAGCACUUUCCACAGCACUACCUGUCUCCGCAAUGGCACUUUUCUCAGCUCUUUGCAGACCUGUGCUCAGAGCAAAGCUAGUGAACUGAAUGGACACCAUAUGGUUGGUCUUUCUACUCUAAAUGAGGACAGUGGCAUGGAGACAUCAGCAUUAUCUUCAUCCGGGCUGCCUUCCCUGGCUGUGUCGACAGUUUGUACAGAAGAAGAAUCAUCUCAAAGCACAGUGACAUCGGUACACUCAGACUACAAGGAAACAGAAGUCCCUGUGGUAGCGCACCAAAAUUUUCCAGUGUCUAAAGUGCCCAAUAACACCAGCUGCACAAAACGGAUAGGUGGUCCUACUCCUGAGCUACAGCAAGCCCUCUCUGCCAGUGAGAGGCAAUGCGUAGAGACAGUCGUCAACAUGGGGUACUCGCCUGAGAAUGUCCUGAAAGCCAUGAAGAAGAAGGGACAGAACAUAGACCAGGUUUUGGAUUAUCUGUUUGCACAUGGACAGCUUUGUGAGAAAGGUUUUGAUCCACUUCUUGUUGAAGCAGCUUUGGAAAUGCACCAGUGUUCAGAAGAGAAGACCACAGAACUUCUCCAACUAAUGAGUCAAUUUAAAGAAAUGGGCUUUGAACUAAAAGACAUUAAGGAGGUCUUAUUAUUACAUAACAAUGACCAACACAAUGCUUUGGAAGAUCUAAUGGCCCGUGCAGGAGCCAGCUGAAAACACAUUCCUGGGUUCUCUGUGUGUGAUGGAGCAGGACCAGCCCCGCCACCUUCACAGCCAGUGUGACUUGCUCUCAACAGGAAGGAGUCCAGCUUUUUGCAUACCUGGGAAAAUGACUGAGCAAGCCUGCCUGUGUGCAUUACUACAGCAUUUCUUUCAACUGAGAGCCAACUUUUUUUCUUAAAUUAAAAUUUUAAGUGCCCUUUCCUAAGUUUCCCUUUUCCAGCUUGGCUACGGAGAGUUUAGACUGCCCAGCCUCUACUGGAAUUGUAUAUAGGCAGAGACAGGAGUGUGUGGUUUCUUUUUCUU